AUGUUACUUCUAGUCCUGCUUCUUACGAUCGCCGCCCAUCUUGGCAGCGGUCAUGAAAUCAACACCUAUAACUCUGAUUUUGGCGUAUUUCUUGGUGAACUUUCCAAUGGCGAAUUUGAUAUUGGCGGACAAGUAUUUCUGGUGAAUGGGACUACUUUGCAAAUUUUCAAUUUCACAUUUAAUAAUGCCGAAAAAGAUGCCUAUUUUUGGCUUGACGUCAAAGAUACGCCAACGCGUGAAGGGGUGAAAGCACAUACAUAUGAGUACGGAAUCACUCCAAUCGGCGCAUUCCCGGAAUCAUCAGAUCGUGUCGUUGUUCAUAUCCCAGAAAAACAUCGAAUUGAUGAUUUCAAAUCAUUCUCAGUCUACUCAUUUAAACAAGAGAGAAACUAUGGAUCUGUGGUGUUUCCGGAAAACAUGAAAAUUCCAAAAUCUGUCAAGCUCUCGUCGGAAUUCUCGGGAAAACGAUAUAAGCUCCGUUCCGGACCUCUCUAUGUGAUUGACAGGAGAACCAUUAAGGUUUAUGGUUUCACGUUCGAGGGAAAUAAAGCUCCAAAAACGUAUUUUUACGCCGGACGAGGUGCAACCGUCUCAUACGCCUCAGGAGUCAAAGUGGGAAUUCGAGGAAAAGACGGUGAAGAUGUUUCGGAGAUCACCGAGAAUUAUCGCGGCGGCAAAGACAUCAUUCUUGAAUUGCCGGAGAAUUAUGACAUUUUCCAUAUUGACUGGAUAUCGGUGUACUGCACGAAAUUCCGUGUGAACUUUGGCAAUGUUUUGGUGCCAUCCGACGAUUCGCUUUCAACACUACCACCGUACGUGAAGCCGACAAAAGUCCCAAAGGAGGAUCAAGACAAUGCGGAGCGAGGAAUUCUUCGUGGAUCACCGAUGAGGCGAAAUUUCACGUUCCAGUUGGCAGACACAGAACACAAUAAGCCGUACAAGGGAUUCCCAUACCUCCGCUCACCGCGUUAUAUCUUCUACGUCAAUGGAGUGAAGACCCCUGACCUUUAUCUUCAAAGGAAUAUCACCUACACAUUCAACGUGGAAGGUGGAAAGGAUAAAAUGAUCCCCGAGUUUUACAAUCCCCUCUAUAUCGGUGAUGAUGAGAACGGUGGAUACACUCAGCUCUCGACUAACGAGGUCGAGAAGAUUAAUGUUUAUUCGUCGGAGAAUGUUGAGACUCACGCGGGACCAUUAUGUUUGUGGAUGCAUGCCAAAAGUAAGUGGAAGACUGAAGACAUUCCUGACAUGUAUUUGGAUUGCGAUGGAUGGCCUGAAGAGGUGCAAUCGUUCAUGUUUACUCCAAAUGAGACGACACCAGCCCUUCUUUAUUACAACAGUGCAACCAAUUUUAAUAUGGGUGGCCGAAUUUUCAUUGUCGAUGAGUUGCCGGAGAACGUGACGGAUGCUGUCGAAAUUGCGCACAGCCGUGAGAAGUGGCACACUUUGGCGCUGAAUCGCCAACACGAGCAGGAGUUGAACAAUGCCAAAACCACGUUGGCGGCGUUCUUGUUGAUCGCGUGCUCAAUUAUGCUUGCAUAA